UUUUUAGUACACAGCGCACGCGUAACGAGAGUAACGACAUUUGAAAUCGCCAUAUUUUUAUUUUUAUUGUUGUGAUCUUUAAAAAUCACUAAGACGGGGGGAGAGUAAAUUGUUAUGUAAAAUUACGAUUAAUUAAACGAUUUUAUUUUAAAGAAAUUUAGAAAAAAAUGAAGUUUCGUUAGUAUUUGAAGCUCAAUUUGUACUAAAAAGCGAAAUGGGAGGUUUUCUUGACAAACCUAUGACAGAUAAAUAUCAGGAAGAUGGGGAAGGUAAUGGAAUUCGUUAUGGGGUUGCGAGUAUGCAAGGAUGGCGUGUGGAAAUGGAAGACGCUCACAUGGCCAAAAUUAAUCUUGGAGAAGCCCUGAAGGAUUGGUCGUAUUUUGCAGUUUUCGAUGGACAUGCCGGUUGGACGGUGUCUGUGCAUUGUUCGGAACAUUUGUUGGAAACAAUUAUGGCAUCAGAAGAGUUUCAGGAUGAUGUUAAGAAGGCUAUCCACAAGGGCUUUUUAGAACUGGACAGUAAAAUGCGCAGCCUGCCCGAGAUGACUUCUGGUGAAGACAAGAGUGGUACCACUGCGGUCUGUGCUUUUAUUUCGCCACGCAAUAUAUAUGUAGCUAAUUGUGGUGACUCGCGUGCUGUAUUAUGUCGUGAUAAGGCCCCAAUAUUCACGACUCAGGAUCACAAACCUGUCUUACCCAGUGAAAGGGAUCGCAUUGUGAAGGCAGGAGGUUCUGUCAUGAUACAGAGAGUGAAUGGUAGUUUGGCGGUGAGUAGAGCAUUGGGCGAUUUUGAUUACAAAAAUGUGGAAGGAAUGGGUCCAUGUGAACAACUCGUUUCACCGGAACCAGAAAUAUUUGUAAGGGAGAGGGACGAUAUAUCGGACGAGUUCCUUGUUCUGGCUUGCGAUGGCAUUUGGGAUGUAAUGAGUAAUGAGGACUUGUGCGCAUAUAUACACCAUCGUCUUUGCAUUACGGAUAAUCUUAAAGAAGUUACCAGUCAAGUUAUUGAUACCUGUUUGUACAAGGGGAGUCGCGAUAACAUGAGUAUCGUACUAAUAGUGUUUCCUGGUGCCCCCACACCAACUCCUGAAGCUGUGAUGGCUGAAAAAGAACUAGAUGCAACCAUUGAAAGGCAUGUCAAAGAGUUCUUAGAACAAGGUGAUAAACAAUUUAGUGAAAUUCUUCAUAGUCUUAUGUCAAUUCAUGUUGAAGGAUUGCCACCUGGAGGAGGGUGGGCUUCUAAGCGUACGCUAGUUGAAAGAAUUUUCCAAGAAUUAUGUCCCGAACAAGCAGAAUCUAUAAGUCAAAGUUGUGAUUUUUCUUUUAACUAUUAAUUUCGUGGACUGAUUUUUAUUUACCGUCAAAAUUUGUUACUGUAAGUUGAAUUGUCAUUUUCAUUGUUGAACUAGAAAUUAAAAAAAACAUAGAUAAUGGAGAAGCGUUACUUAUCAGUUAAACAGGGUACGGAUUCAAGGAGAGAUAUCGACGGUUUACCCAACAAAAAUGUACAAUUCUAGGAUAGGGUUAUAAUUUUUUUAUUAAUCGUGAUUUUUGUUUUUUUGUAAUUUUCAUUGCUGCCUUCAGGUUGUAUUAUGGAUGUAAUAAGUCUAGUUUUCUCCAAUAGGUACUUGGUGAACUCGUUGUUUUCUUGAUAAAAUUUACAUAGACUUUGAGAAGUGCUAAAAUAAACAGAAAUAUGAGGUAGAAUGUUUAAGCAUGUGGAAUGACUGUUAUAAAUUUGUAUCGUUUUAUUUAUUGCAGAUUUUUAUUUAUUUACCAAUCUCUUUGUGUUUAACUCUUAAUAUUUGCUUUAUAUCAAUAUAUAUUAUUUAUUUACAAAAAGAAUAUAUAUCUACAACCUAAAUAGUUUAUCAACAUUGCAAUUAUUAAUUUGUACUUAUGCAUGUUAGUAAUUUAUGUUUAAUUAAUGCUAUUUAUCUAAAAGAAACCCGUUAGAACAUCUUUAUUGUCAGAAUAACUUAUUUGCUAUUAAGGGUGCUUUGUAUAGGUCGUGUGUGAAAGUAAUUAUAGAAAUCCUUUAAUUUUAUUAAUUUAGAAUUAGAACACCCGUUAAAAAGUAUCCCGCUUUAAGGAAUACAAAUUUGAGGUUCCGAAACGUUUCUACUAGCUAACAAUGAUCGGUUAUUAAAAUAUCCCGGUUAUAGGAAUACUUUUCCUUGGCACGAAUGCUAUUCCAAUAAGCGGGUUCGACUGUACUAAUUUUAGUUAUCACAGGACAGUAGAAGAUGAUUUUUGUUGACAGCUAUAUCGAUUAUCCAAAAAAGUAUCAAUGUUAAAAAUUAAAGAUUGAUAUUUGGAACUAUGGGUGGGCUUUCUAUAGUUUCUCUUUCGUAAAAGGACGUUCGUAUGGAUCCCUAAUAUUGUUGUAAUUAAAAAUACUGAAUCAGGUACUCUAAAAUAUUAAUAUUAAGAGAUACCUUACCGGCAUUAAGAAAACACUUGUUACGUUAACCACAAGGUGGGGCGAAAAAUCAGAAAUGUACUAAAAAUACGAAUAAAAGUAGGUUUAUACAGGGUGUCCCCGAAAAUAAUGCGUUCCUUAAAGGUAUAGGUAGAAGGCACAAUGUAGAGCAAAAAAGUCUUAUAACAUUUUUUUUUAAUUGAUCCGUUUGACCAAAAAACGAAAAUACAUUUUGAUAUGCAAAUUGAAGUCUGGCAACAACGCGCAACUCAAAAAUCGAAAAAUUAAAAAAGUAGGUUUGUAGGUCAGUUGCAUCUGGUAGGUAAAAUAAUGUAAUAAUGUAAUGUAAUAAGGUAAAUAUCAACCAAACCAAUAUCCAUUAUUUUGCAGGUAUGUCAACAUCCCCAAAAAUCACACCUCAAAGUAAAUAGACAAGGGGUUAUACCCUAAAGAAACGCACUAUUUUCGGGGACACCCUGUAUAAAAACAUACACUAUCAGUUAUGAAGACCUCUGAGUACUGAAGGCAUACACGUACCAGGUAUUUAAGAGACUCAUUAAUAUUCUGCUCAGCGGGUGCUAUUGUUGGAGGUGUGAAAAUAUAUAAUAAACAAGAGAUCCUUUCAUAAAACAGGUAGAUCCCUUGUUUAUGGAAUUCUACACCUCCAACAAUAGCACCCCGCUGAGCUGAAUAUUAAUCUCGUAGUAAGCUGGUACUACUUUAAGCAGGUUAUAUUCUCUACACAUUCAUCACAAAUUGUAUGUGAUGGGGUCGCCAGCAACCCCCACCUAGUGGUACUAGGAUUGACAAUUUUAAAAAUUUACAUAACUCUUAAGAUAAUUUUAUAAAUUUCUAUCGUAUAAUCUAAUACUAACACCCAACAUAAGUUUUUUUUUUUUAUAUUCAGAUGAUAGUAUUGUUUCAUGUUGUGAAUGUAGCAUAUUUGUAUAAACUGAAACAAUUUCUGUUUAUUUUAUGACUACAAUGAAUUUGAUAAGGUGUGUAUAGCUAGUAUCUAGUCAUUUGAUUGAUGUCGAAUUGGAUUGUGCCUAAUUCUCAUUGGACAAUAGCGACGUCUGUUUGUAUCCAUUUAUUACGGAAAAAUAGACAUAGUUGUUUGUAUGUCCUAGAACUACAGGCGCAUGCGUAGUGGUGUUCAAAAGAUGUGAAGUUGUAAUUUGAUCCUGUUCUUAACCUUUUCGGCCCCCUCGGGAUACAUAUGUCCCACUAAAAGUUUAAAAACAUUUACUGGCUCAAAUGCGUCCCGAUUUCGUAGAUUUGCUUUAGGGGUAUUAUUAGUUCAAAAGCAAGAAAAUAAACCUGAAUUGACAACACUGGAUGACUUCCGGAGUCAGUUACAGAUUUAUUUUCACAAGUUCUCGAUGUUUUAAUGCGUUUAUAUUCGCUUUUUACCAUUUUCGUCGAGAUUUUUGAAAGUGAAUAUUUUUGUGCAUUUAUAUCAGUGGAUACUCCAUAUUCUAAUAAUAUGGUAUAGUAUUUUGAUAGAAAUAUUACUGAUUUUCUAAGAAUAACCCUAGUGGGGCAAUAAUGUCCCAGUGGUAUUUUUAAGCGGGACAUAUUUAACCCAAUGGGUUUUUUUUGCAUUAUGUCGAAAAGAGGGCUUUCUGAAAAGGAACUUCAAUCUUUAGCCGAUAAGUUUUCAGAUAUUGAAAGUGAGACUGAUGACGACAGCGACAAAAACUAUGAGACAGAGACAACAACACUUGGAUCUUUUUUCAUAUAGGUACUACCACUGAGAUAUAUACAGUGUGAAAGGCACUUGUGAAAUAAAAUUAUUUCUGCCCUUGUUUCAAAAAAUCAUAAAAAAUGCUGAGACCCGUCGAUUUUUAAAUAAAAAUGUGCACUUUGUAAACAUACAUUUAAAUUUACAGGGUGAUUCAUGCAAGUCCAGCAGAGUCCAUAAGCUUUAUUUUUAAUGGAGCACCCUGUAUAUUUUUAUAUUUUUAAAAGCUGCUUGACCACCUGAUUUCAACGAACUAUAUCAUGUAGGGUGUAUUAUGAAUAAUACAUUGUGAAAUUUUGAAAUUUCAAAGUAUGGAAACCACUUAUGGAAUAAAAUUGCUUGUGUCCUUAUUUUAGAAAAUUAUAAAAAAUGGGACACGUCUACUUUUAAAUUCAAAAGGGCGGUUCACAAACGUAAAUUUAAAUAUACAGGGUGAUUCACGCAAGUACAAGCAUAGUCCAUGAUCUUUAGUUUUAAUGGAUCACCCUGUAUAUUUUUAUUUUCUUAGAAGCUACUUUACGUCCUCAUCUCAAAAAAGUGUAUUAUGCAGGGUCCAUUAUGAAUAAUACAAGGUGAAAAUUUGAAAUUAUUUAUUUAUAAAUUUCGUCAAGACCUUAAAUACAAAACCCAAUAGAUUUAUACUUUUAGUUUAGAAAGUGUAUGUCUUUAUUUAGCUAAUUUAAAAAUAAUACCAUUAUUUAAAGUAUGAUAAAUUAUUAAUUUCAAAAUUUUAUGUAAGUUUUUUUGAUGUGGCGUUGUUCAGCAGAUUCUAAAAAUAUGAAAAUAUACAGGGUGUUUCAUUAAAAUUAAAGAUCAUGGAUUAUGCUAGACUUGCGUGAGGCAUCCUGUAUAUUUAAAUUUAUGUUUAAACAGUGCAUAUUUGAAUUUAAAAGUUGACAUAUCUUGCGUUUUUUUAUAAUUUUCUAAAAUAAGGAGACAAACAAUUUUAUUUCAUAAGUGGUUUCCACACACUAUAAUUUCAAAAUUUCACCCUGUAUUAUUCAUAAUAUACCAUACAUGAUGUAGUUCGAUGAAAUCAGGUUGUUAAGCAGCUUUUAAAAAUAUAAAAAUAUAUUCAAGUAUAUUCAAAUGGGAAAUGAGCCACAAUUUUACCUAAAAAUGAUUUUAUUAACGUUUCGACGCCCAAGUCGGGUGUCGUUGUCAAAAUACAAAAUAAUACUAAAUAAGACAGAUCACAUGCUAUGAUUUUUUGUGGCAGAUAUUCUUGAGUUGGGAUUGAUUUCAUGUAAUCGAAUGAACUAUCUUUUAGUAAAGUCGUCUACUUUAAAAUGUAUAAUACGUGUCUGAAUUACCGAUAUAAAUGAGUCAGAUUAAAUAAAUUAUUAGAAGAAUUUUUUACUAAGCAACAACAUUUUUGUUUAUUUAGUAUUAUUUUGUAUUUUGACAACGACACCCGACUUGGGCGUCGAAACGUUAAUAAAAUCAUUUUUAGGUAAAAUUGUGGCUUAUUUCCCAUUUGAAUAUACUUGAUUAUAAAAAUGCCACAAGAAAAUAGCUUCUUCAGAACAACAAUAAAAAUAUAUAGGGUAUUCCAUUAAAAAUAAAGCUUAUGGACUAUGCUAAACUUGCGUGAAUCACCCUGUACAAUCAAAUUUAGGUUUAAAAAGCGUAUAUUUAUAUUUAAAAAUGGACGGGUCUUAGCGUUUUUUAAAAUUCUUUAAAACAAGGACAGAAAUAAUUUUAUUCCAUAAGUGCCUUCCACCCUAUAUAUGUCCCAUCUGUCAAUGUCAAAUCUAAGAAAAAAAUCGUAUGAAAACCUGUUUGCGUAACCUAAUUACAUACAAAAAAGCUCAGAAAUUACUAUUUCAACUCCGUUUAUUUAAGUAACAGAAGUGGGGCUGAAAGGGUUAACCAAAGCAUUUUUCGGUUAAUUGUUUGAAUUUAACAUUUAGAGUGAAAAGUUAUAAUCUUUUACUUAAUGUAACAGGCACUGAAUGAGAGGUUAAAAUCAAAAUAUUCCAAAAGUUGUAAAAACUCGAGGCUAUACCAAAGCAGUAUGCUACACUAAGCUCAUUUUUCCAUUCCCUGUGGCAUAUUCUAUGUUGGUGGUUUUUUGUAUCACUAGCAAAGUCUAACAAGCUAUCCUAGAGACUCAUUAAUAUUCAACGGAAUGCUAUUGUUUGACAACAAGGAAUCAUUUCAUAAAACAGGUAGACCCCUUGUUUAUGGAAUUUCACACCUCAAACAAUAGCACCCUGCUCAGCUGAAUAUUAAAGAUUAUACUUUUUCUGGGUACUCUUUCUGGUGCGGUAGAUUGUCUUUUAGUUUUGCAUAUAAGCAUAAAAACAAAGAAUAUAUAGACUUAAAGUACUUUGUAACGCUGUCGUUGUAUUUGAUGCUCAAACGUUGUCUUAUUUCGUUAAUAAAAUAUAUUUAUAACCUACGUAUCGAACAUUAUGUGGUACAUGAAUGAAUACUACCGACGAUCGCGUGGAUUAGGAAUUACAUUUAUUAAUAUGAAACGGACAUAUAAGGAUAGGAUAUCUCGCUCAGCUCGCCAGCGGAAAAGACAUGUAGGGGUACGAUCACCCUCGUAUAAGAAUAGGUAAAAGGAAAAACCGUCGGAUUCGUUCAGCGCACCAAGACGACGGCGGAAAAUGGUCGGGAUAACUCACCUCUUAUCAACUAUACCAUAUAUCAACCUCUAUAAUCAACUAGGCUUUUCGUUCCGACUUUUAUAUCGUCCGAGACGGUAUAAAAACACGUUUUACUUAAUUCAUUGGCGUACUCUAGACGAUAAAAUUAUAUUAUCGUCACAACUUUAUUGCUUUUCAAAAUAUGCCCCACCAAGAUCAUACACUUUUGCAUACGUUCAAACCAAUUGGUAAAACAGUUUUUCGUAAACAGUAAAAAUCGCUGUUUCAAAGGCAUCGAUCGCUUCUUCUGGCGACUGGAAUCGCCGCCCAUGCAUUGAACGUGGAGAAGUUGUUGGGACUUGGGUCGGGGCUAUACGGUGGAUGGUUUAACAAUUCGAUGUUUUGAAGUUCCAAAAACUCUAUUGUCUUUUGGGCAGUGUGAGCACUUGCAUUUUCAUGAUGUAGGAUGAUUCGCCGUUUUGUGUGGUUUUGUCGAAGUUUCGCGAUAACUUCUGGUAAACAAACGGUUGUAUACCAAUCAAAGUAACCGUUCCUCGAUCUUCUAAAGCAAUUGUUGCCACAUGACCAGAGUUUGACACAAAAGUUGCGACCAUUUUCUUUGACACACUUCGAGAACAGAUCACUUUUGUUGGUUUUUCCUCAUCGUGAAAUAUCCACACAGCGAAUUGGCGUUUAUUUUCCGUUUGGUAUGCUUUUUCUCAUGAGGAUCUUUCAGCGCGUCACAGUUUUUCGAUUUCUUUCUAACGCGUGACAGAAAAAAACGCACGUCGGUGAUUACAUUUCGUCGGUGACAUUUAUAACAUUUAUUUUAGCUGUCAAUAGAUGGCGCUAUAAUCGAAAAAAACAUUAUUUCCGAAUUAUAUAAUAUAUCUACGAAUAUAAUCUGUACAAUUUAUAAGACUAUACAAAUCAAAGAAAAUACCAUUUUAUAAAUGCAAUAAAUACAAUUGAUGUGAUUUUAUGCCAAAUUGCAAAUAAAAUGUGACAACUGUCAGAUUUAACUAAAGUGUCAUGUCACUAAAAUGUAUAUUAUCAGGGACUUACCUUUUUUUCUAUCAUUUGUGACGCACUGAAAAAUGCUCAUGAAAAGAAGCAUAGGAGUAAAUCCAAGAUUUAUCGCUACUAACAAUACUAUAAACGUUUUUUGAGCUUCCUUUGUUGAACCGUUCCAAUGUUUUUCGACGCCAAUUGUCGCGAACCGCUUUUUGCUUUUCUGUAAGCAAAUGAGGGAUCCAACUUCCUAACACCCAGUUCUUCAUGCAGGAUCUUUUGGAUCGAGAUCUGAAAUGCCCAAAGAUGCCUCUAUCUCCAGGUAUGUUACACGGCGGUCAUCCUUAAUUAGCUAACGAACCGCAUCAUUGUUUUGCUGUAUGACAUGUUUUGGGUGGACCUGGCCUGGAUUAUUCGUCACUGAGACUGGGGCGACUACGUUGAAAUUCGCAAUACCAGCAGAAAAUAGUUGACUGGUGUGAUGCUUCAUUCCCAAACACAGAAACCAUUUCAGCGUGACAUUGCUGUUGGGAUAAUCUUCUCCGAAAAUUGUAAAAAAUUAUUGCUCGAAAAUGUUCUCAGCUAAGAUCCAUUUUUCCACCGACUUGCUAAUUUCAAAAAGUCACUGUAUCUACACGACUUGUAUCGCAAUGAAACUCUCGAUUCAUGUCAACAAAAGAUUGAGGUUACGUUUGUGUCUGAAGGUUUUCUUGGUGGCGCCCUCUAAGCUGCUAUAUGCAAAACUAAAAAGACAGGCCACGUAUCGAGCUUAAUCAAUAAUAAGAGUCUCUUAGGGCCGGUUGUUCGAACGCUAAUCAACAUUGAUCACUAUCAAAUAUUUAAUUACUGUCACAACUGUCAAUGUCAACUUUGGUUGGGUUGCUGAAAACAUAGUUAAUUAUAAUUAUGAGAUUAGUUAGUCAAUUAACAUAACAAUUAUUAACAUAAUUGAUUAACUAAUUUCAUAAUUGUCAUCAAUAAUUAUGUUUUCGACAACCCAACCAAAGUUGACAUUGACAGUUGUGACAGUAAUUAAAUAUUUGAUAGUGAUCAAUGCUGAUUAGCGUUCGAACAACCGGCCCUUAGAUAGUUUGUGAGACUAUACAUCUUAGGAACUUUUUAACAAAUACAUGUAUUAUGUGACUACUGACAAACUGCUAAUUUUUAAUGUAUUUUCGACUAAAAACUAUUAAUGACAUGUAGCUAUCGCCAGAUCUGCUAACACAGAGUGAAAGUAAAAAUCACAUGUAACUCAAAUUGAGAAUAGGUAGAACGAUUUUAUUUAAACCAAAUUGUGGAUUUGUGCUAGUUUAGCUUAUUUAUUGACGUUUGAUAAUCAAUGUCUCUCUGUAAUGUCCGGCAGCACUUGGAUUGAAUUUUGAUUCUAAUCCUCUCUUUUAAGUUAACCGAAGAAUUAUUUUGUUUUAUUUUAGAAUGAUACGUAAAUACUUAACUCGAGUUCACCUUGCCCUGUUAGAAUAUGCGCUAUAAUAAAAUAAGGGAUUGAAUUUUUGUUAUCAAUAUCUUUAUUUUGAAAUGUAACAUAUACCUAUGUGAAAACAGGAUGUGAAGCAUCCCUGUAUAUUUUUUUUAUAAAAGACGGUUAAACUUGGGGGCAUGUAGCUUUUUUCUUUUUGAUAUGAAUUUUACAAAUAUGCACAAAUGCCAGUUAACAUCUUGGCCAGACUUAACUUUUUCAAACUUUGUAUCUUUGGAAUUCAGGUAUUUUUUCAGAUAUUUAGAUUGACCUCAAUUUUUUUAGAGUAUGUGUACAGUAGUAAAUUAUAUUUUUAAAUAAAAUUGAUUCCAUUAAAA